AGCAAAAUCGGUUUCGGAGGGUUUUUAUGUGGUGCGAGCAGAGAGAAAGAAAGGAGCAGAGAGAGCCUCGUAAAAGUGCAGAGAGAGAGAGUCCAUUGCAAAGAACUAUAGGUGCAACAGGGCAAAAUCGCGGGAAAAGGCAGGUGCAGGUGUGCCAGUGUAGAGCCAGUGUCAGUGUCAGUGAUUUUCAGUCACCGCCGAAGCGACGAACCCGUCUCGGCGGCGGAAGUCUGUUCUAGCAGGAAAGGGCCUGCGGGUGCCAUCCGAUCGAGCGUAUCGUGGGCCGCGAGGCACGUACCGAAAAAGGGCGUUAGACGCGCCAGGUGUGGGUGAUGAUGCAAGAGACCGCUACUACUACUACUAAUACUGCUGGCCACUAAAACAGGUCCAACAGGGCGACUUACUGGUUCUCCUUGGCGCAGAGGAGGCUUCCCGCGUAAUCGUCUGACGUAAAAGGGUAACCGAAAUCGGUGACAAGCUAACCAAUACCCCGCUCCUCACACCCCGUUGCUGGUACGCUAAUGUGGGCCUGGUGUGGGCCCCAAAAUGAUGCAACAAAUCCUUCGCAUCCAGCAACAACAAAUCGAGUCAAAGCCAAACAAACAAACAAACAAACAAACAAACAAGCAAACAAACAAACCAGCAACCGAACAAACAACCAACCAGCCAACUAAAAAGCAGUACAGAUACACGCGCGCCGACAGACGACGACGACGUGAGCCCGUGACUCACGUGUACAGAUGAGUGAUGGUGGUGAUGGUGGUGGUCGCUUGAAACCGUUUCUGUUUGGAGCGGUCGACAGUCGCUCCAUACCAUAUUAGUCCACGGCGAUCGCGGGGCUAGCGAGCUGGCUCGCACUUCCACCUCCCCCCCCCCCCCCGCUUCCUUCCGAGUUCCCACCGCGUUCGCGCCUCUUCUUCGCCUUCUAUCAUACCCGUGGAUGUCACGCAGCAGCACAGCACACACCACCAGCACCAGCACCACCACCGUCUCGUCAUCCCGUCCCGUAAUCGACUCGCGAGACGCUGCUCGACCACCGUUCGACGGCGAGUCCUACGCCUUUUCUGUGUGUCACCUGCACCCUACCCUCCAUUCCAACACCUGGAACCACCCUCGAUCUACUCGUCGUCGUCGUCGUUGUGUCGCGGACCAUCCGGGGAGCAGCUCUGGUGCGUAAAGGGGGUUUGACACUUCUGCUGCCACUCACGGUCAAGCGCGCCAACCAGCCAGCCUAGUCCGCUAGUCAGCACGCUGCUCUGUACACGUUAGCGUUAUAACCGGGCUAUAGCGCUCAGCACCAGAGGAGUCGAGUCGAGUAUCCAGCGUCAGGAUGUGGUGGAUGGGCUGUUCCUAGGAUCUGCUCUCAUUCCGUAUGUGUGUGUGUGUGUGUGUGUGUGUGUGUUGUGUGUAGGAUCGUGUAGUGAAGUGCAGCUCACCAGCUGAGUUGAUGUGUAGUAGUAGUAGUAGAAGAAGAACAACAACAUCAAAAACCAGGGAGGACUUUUGGUCGUCGGCGAGCCAGACCGAGGAGGCGGGAGGGCAUUCAAUCAACCACAAUCGCGCUUCCUUCUUCCUAUCACACCUAUCUCGAUUCGAGCCCUUUCGCGUCGUCUAGUCAACGGAGAUAGCACGCUGAAGGUGGCAAAAACAAGAACAGGUGCAACCUCCGCCACCGAAGGCAUCACAGGAACAGGAGUCCGUGACAGGAGUAUCCGAGCUAAUCUGCAUCCCCUCCGUGGUGUGUUCCAGGUAGCGGAAAUCGGAUACCACCGGAGUCACCGGAGGUGCCGUCAUCAUCCUUGGGUAGUAGUGGUAGUAGUAGUAGCAGCAGCAGCAGCAGCAGUAGACAGCCGGGAGAGAAAGAAUGCUGCGAUCGGCGAAGCGCUCGAGCAGCACGGAGCAGGAGCCAACCGAUGAAACCGUGAUCGCCGACGCUGGGGCGCAGGGGCGCAACACCGACGACAAUGGCGCUAGUGGUGGUGAUGGUGCAGGAGCGGUGGAACCCGAGGUCGAAACCAUCAAUCGUGAAGAGGAGAUCGUGAAGAAGCGCAAGACGGAGCUGACGACGACGCGGCAAACGGAAACGCGCAUCAAGCGGCAGCUGCUGUUCGAGGAUGGCAAGGUGGUCGAGGACUCCGGUCCGAUCGUGUCGACCAACACGCACGAGGACACCGACCGGCAGGAGACGGUACAGACGGAGCACCGUACUCUGGGAGACCCGGCAGCGGCGUCAGACGGGAGGGAAGCGGCGGCCAUCAAGCAGGAGCCAAAGUCGGAACCAAAGCGCGGUGCGAAAGUACCGAAGGUAGCGGUAGUAGCGAUGCCGAGCGGGAGCACCCACCCCCACAUCGCACCAAAGACGAUCUCGGUCUCAGUGAAGGAGGAGGCGGAGAAGGAGACGGAACGGGAGGAAGGUUUGCUGCGGAACGUCCAGGAGGAGGUGUCGGUGUCCCGCGAGCAGACAACCGAGCGGACCGAGGUGGCCGAGCAGAAGCAUUUCGGUGACUUCACCGACGAGGCCUACCUGCGGGCAAUCAGCAGUGGUGUGGGUGACGUGCGCGAGCUGCUGCUGUCCGAUCGCUGCCGAUCAGAGCUGAGCCCAACCGGUCCACAGAUCGUGCAGCACUCGAUCAACUCGCGGAAGGUGACGGACAGCGAGGAGACCAACAUCCGGCAGCUGGCCAAACAGGAUGGUACGCUGGUGACGGAGAAGCAGCAGACGCGCCAGCACGAGGAGCUGUACGACGACGAGAUACCGCCGGAUGCGCCUGUCCAGUCACCCGGUUACGAUCAGGUCGACUCAAGCGGCGAGCGGCUCAUCGAGCAGAAGUCGGCUGCCCAGCGAUACUACAAGCUGCGCGACGAGCAGCAUGUGGAUGUGGUGGCCAACGGUAGGGUGAUCGGUCACGAGAUGCGCUACGCCGCAGAGCAGACACAGCUAGAGCGGGAUGGCGGGCAGACCGGUGAUCCGGGUAUGCUGUCGGACUGGGAUAGUCUGUCCGAUCGGCUGCGCAAAGCCCGUCGCCUCGGACGUCCUCCGAAGGGUGGUGGGGAGCUGAUAGCAACCGCUGCCACCGCAGCCGGUCUACCGCCGGGUCAACACCAACAGCACCAGCAUCUGCUGCUGCCGACGGUGGCGGCCGCCGCCGGACCGAACGAUCGGCUUGAUGCGCUCACCAAGAAGCCGCUCGACUUCGACAAGGAGGAGGAAACGCGCAAGCACGAGACGAACAAGUGGCUGGAGAGUCACUUCGGUAGCGAGUCGCGGUCGUCGCGCGACUCACGCGAAGACCUUGAUGAUGACGACGAGGAGGAGGAUCGGGACGAGCAGCUGGUGGAACCGACCAAGAAGACUUACUUCAACGUGACGAUCAAAUCGAACGGUGGUGGUGGUGGUGGAUCGGUACCGGAGGCGAUGGUCGACGUACCGCUGGAUCCACGCCGCCAUCUGUACGGUAGCUCGGGCCAGCUUCAUCGGCCGCAGGUCGCACUGUCGAUGGCCAAGCGUGGAGACCAAGCGCCACCACCGUCAUCGUAUCGUCAGCCGCGUCCAAUCAAGGAAGCGCUGUCUGGAUCAAGGGAGGAUCUGCUGUUUGGUGGUGGUGGUGGGGCUGCUACUACUGCUUCUGGUACCGCUGCCAACCAGCGGCACAACAGCACGAAGAUAGAACGCGAGGAAUACGCCACCGCAGCUUACCAUAACCAGCAGCAGCAACAGCAGCAGAAGCAGCAGCAGCAGCAGCAGUAUCGGACGGUACUACCCGAGGUGUCACAUCGGGAGCGUACAACGUUCAACACUCGUUAUGGCCAUCCGCUGGCUGGACCGAUGGUUGUCUCGGAGCAGCACAACGAGGGUGGCCGACCCCAGGUGCCACAAAGACGCAAAGCGCUUGAGCGCAGGUUCGUCGCUACCACAACGGAUCAGUCAUUUCCAUCGCAUCCGCAGCAGCAGACACCAACGCAGCAGCAGCAACAGCUACAGCAACAACACCACCAGUCGUCGGCAUCGCUGAGCAAUGGGCAGGUGCAAUAUCACUCCAGUCGGAAUCUCUGUGGACCGGGCAUCGUGCACGGGUACGGUUCGCGAAGCCGUUCCGUCUCGCCCAUCCAGAUACCGCCGAUAACGCAGACACUGGCACGCCAGAAACCGUACCAGAAGACGCGCUUCAGCAGCAUCCAGGAUCUGAGCGCCACCGCCUCCGGUGGCAACCAUCACCAGGUGGCGGAACGCUCGGCAAGCGGUUCGCAUCGCUCCCAGAGCACGCUACCGAAGGCGAACCGCGUUGGCUCAGCCAUCGGUCGCUCCUUCCGUAAGCUGAUGGGCAAGAUACGGUCGAGCAGCGCUGAGCGUAAGCUGAAAGCGCGCAACGCCAAGCAGCGCUCGCCUUCACCGCUGUCAUCAUCUCUGAAUGCUAGCCGGCAGCCGACCGGUGGUCAUUAUCAUGCUCGUGACGCGACCACCACGUACCAGCAGUACAACGUGAUCGAUGGUCACAUCAGUCACAACGGAUCGCCGGUACCGGUACUGGACACUCAUCACCACACCCUCAACCGAAAGGUGGUGUCCGCAGCGGAGCGGGACCACCAGUGGUACGAUGGUGCCAGCUACGAUCGGUACGGUACGCGAAGCGCGGGGGGUGUCGCAUCAGACGCUAGCGGAGGUGGGCUAACGACUCCUCGGCAAACGUACUACCUCGGGGAGAAUCCCUACGGUGGCCACUACUACGGCAAAGAGAACCGCUACCAUCCACCUUCGUCCACUGAUGUGCCGGAUGUGGCCGAGGAACUGCCAGUGAGGCAAGGUGGUGGACGAGCGGGAUCCACUGGUCGAGAAGCAAGAGUGAUCCAGCAGCAGCAGAAUCUGCCAAACCGCCAGAUAGCGCUAGGUCGCUUCAGUAAGAGUACCAACCGGUUGCCGACAUCGAAUGGCGGCCAGUACGGGCAGGAACCGGUACAGUAUUCGGGCGUUCGAACGGGACCACCGUCAGCCAGCAACGGACCUUCGUACGGAGUGACCACCACCGUGCAUAGCAGCUCCCAGACGCUGCCUCGCAACGAUCAUCAUCGGCAGCAGCAGCGCAAUGCUAAACCAUUGCACUCGUCCACGAUCAACGUGUCGAUAGUGAACCAUGUCAAUCCGCCGCCGAAGGGGAUGCUUACGAGCGGGGUACCGCUGGUGAAUACGGGCCCUGUCAAGCCGGCACGCACCUACAAGGCGCUCAACCGCAGCAAAUCGUUCAACGUGCACGGACUCAAUGGCACCAACGAUCCGAGCCCGAUCUACCUGGAAAAGCUGCAGCACCAGCAACAACAGCAGCGUGGCGGAGCGAUCGCUCCCUCGACCAGCUUUCACCGAUCCAGCUCGCAUCUCGAUCAACCACGGGACGCUGCACCGGCCCUCAAGAGCCCCUCGAUCGUGAACUACAUUAGCCGCAGUACACGUGAUCUGACCCACAGCCCGCUGUACGAGGGGGCGGCACCGGUGGCAACAGACCGAAUGCCACAUCCGCAGUCGUCGACUGGCUGGAACCGGUCCGACUAUCUACCGGACACUGCUGGUGCGCCACUCGAUAAAAAGGGUGUGUUUCUGAGGAAUCUGCAGAACCGCGCCCCGGAACUGUACCGUACGCUGCACGAGGGUGAUCCGGGGCUGGUGGUAGGUGGUGGGGGUGGAGGCGGAAAUACCGCCAUUCGCGACACCCGCUCCUCGCCAUCCCGCGACUAUCUCAACACGUACAUCACGCGCGCGCAAGAGCAAGCCAUCAGCGGUGCGACCAGACCAGGUAUACCCAGCAAGGAUACGGCCAGCAUUGUACCGCGGCCAGCCGGCAGUGGCCAUCCUGACGACUACUACACUGUCACCGAUGGGGUGGUGCUGCCGCAGUCACGACACCGUCCGAUCGACACCGAUCUGAAGUAUCAGCGAAUCAGCGAUGCCGGUGCCGUUGUCAUCGAGCUACGCAAUAACUCCUAACGCGUUCCCCCUCAUCGAUCCCGAGCGUAAUAACCGAAUGUACUCAUACCACGUUGUGCCACGUCGCUACCUUCAUGUAAGCCUCCGUCCUCCUCACCCCGUCUCUAAUGCCCUUAAAACGCUAAUACGCGGACUGCACGUGGUGCGGAUCGCGACGAAUUACCCCUCCUUUACAACACUUCUCAUUUACUUAUAUCGUUCCUGUCCUUAAUUCGUGCGUUUCCCAAAUAACAAACAUGAAGUUUUAUCUAGCAA